AUGUCUGUCCUCAACAGUGAGCUCCUCAGAUCUUUUGGGAAGAGUAAAGCGGAAACGGCUCUCGUUCAAUCAACAACGGUCGGUGUACUUUCUCUAGGAGGAGCAAUGUCUGGAAAGUUUGUAGCCGAAUAUGGUGCUAGAAUUACCGGUAUUACUGCAAGCGCAAUAGUAACUCUCGGAAUGGUGCUCUCUUUCUUUGCCACAAAUAUACCCUAUCUCAUCACAACACUUGGACUUGUAUCAGGGAUGGGAUUCUCUGCAUCGGUCAUUUCAGCACUAACUAGCGUCGGUGAAUACUUUGAAGAAAAUGCUAGGCUAAUGGCAUUGUCAUUUGUCUCCUUUGGAACAGGUUGCGGUGCUAUAGUGGUUCCGUACAUUCUUCAAUACCUUAUUGCAGAGUUUGGAUGGAGAGGUUGCCUACUUAUCAUAGGAGGACUUUUGGCAAAUAUGGCCUGUUGUUUUGGUAUAUGCAAACCACUCUCGGUCGGAAUUUCAAAGGAAAUAAAACAUGUAGAUAAAGACGUUGAUUCUCCUCCUAAAGAGAACACUUCUGACAAAGACGUAGAUCAUAUUCAGAAGGAAUCGCCGAGUAGAAGAAAGUGGAUGGUGCUGUUAUCUGGAUAUUAUGUCAUGUUUGUUUGUCUCGGAUUUGCCUUCAAUAUGUCAGUCUUUAACAGUGAGCUCCUCACAUCGUUUGAGAAAGGCAAGGCGGAAACAGCUAUUGUUCAGUCAAUUACAAUAGGGUCUUUAGAUAUUGCAGGACUUGGAUUCUCAGCAGCGUUUAUUUCGGCAGCCACUAGCGUCAGUGAAUACUUUGAAGGAAAUGCCAG